CUGUGGUUAUAUAUAUAAAUUGACUUAUUUAUCAAAAUUAUAAUGGCAACUAAGACGAUGAUGGUGAAAAUUGAGCAUCGCGCUGUAAUUAAAUUUCUCACUAAGCAAGGAAAAAGUCAAAAAACUAUUCAUGAAGAAAUGGUGGCAGUUUACCAGGGUUCCGCACCUUCAUUAUCAACUGUGCAAAAGUGGUCAAGUGAGUUCAAGAGAGGCAGAGAGAGCAUUGAAGACGACCCCCGCUCUGGCGCCCUGGCUAGUGCUUGUACGGGAGAAAGCAUCAAAGAAGUCGAAAAACUUGUUCUCGAGGAUGCCCGAAUAAAGGUGAAAAUGAUGGCAGAGAUCACCAAGCUUUCGACUGGUACCAUUCACACCAUCCUUCAUGACCAUCUUAACCUUUCAAAGGUCAGUGCAAGGUGGGUGCCACGAAUGCUCACGGCACCUCAGAAAAAAGUGAGAAUCGCAUGCUGUAGAGAGCUUUUGGAGAUGUGUAGUGAGAACGCGGACGGUGUUAUGCAUCGGAUUGUUACUGGGGACGAAACAUGGGUUCACUACUAUGACCCUGAAAGCAAACAAGAGUCAUGCAGUGGCAUAAAAAAGGAACAGACCUCCCGAAGAAGUUCAAAGUCACUCCGUCUGCCGGGAAGCUCAUGGCCACAGUUUUUUGGGACUCAAAGGGAAUCUUACUCAUUGAGUACAAAAAAAAGGUGAAACCAUCAACGCCAAAUCCUACGCUUCCACUUUGCAUAAUUUGCGGGAGAAAAUUAAAAAGAAAAGACGGGGUAAACUCGCAGCGGGUGUGUUGCUUCUUCAUGACAACGCUCCUGUUCACACGGCGCGACUUUCCAAGGCUGCUGUGCGAGAUUGUGGUUUUGAAGAAAUUCAACAUCCAC